AAACAAUCACCGUCCCUACGUUACCGUAAAGGAUCGCUUCUCGAAAAAUCGCCAAAAGUACCGGUUAAUCUUCCCUUAUCCUGCAAUAAAGAAAAAGAGAGAUGGCGGAUACGCGGCGAGGGGUAGGUGUACAUGUGCCGAUUACGCAAAGGAAGCGGGAUCUAGUGUAUUUGGUGUUUUUUGCGGUGCAUUUGCCUGUCAUGUUGGCUUUUGAUCUCACGGCGCUGUAUCCCGAAGCUAUCAGGUUCCAAUGGAUGACGGACGUGCGGACGUGGUAUAUUGCUACGUACGGAGAUCGGUUCUUCUACAGCCCGCCUGCCUGGUUCCCCCUCUACACACUUCUCGAAGCCUUCUACCACCUCCCCCUGACCCUCUGGGCCAUCCCGGCCCUCCUCCGCAACGACCCGUGUAUCCCCCUCGCGCUCCUCGUCUUCGGCCUGGAGACUUUGCUCACUACGAUCACGUGCCUGGCCGAGAUGCUGUCGUGGGCCGAAUUGACUGCGGAGCAAAAGGGGUUGCAGGGGUUGGGCGGCAUGUAUGGCGGGUAUGCGAUUUUUGGAGCGUGGAUGGUGUGGGACUGUUAUUGGAGGGUGAAUGGGAUUUUGGUGAGGAAGGGGAAAGAGGGGAAGAAGGAGUAGGGGAUGUUUUAGUUGGCCGUAGGUGGAUUGAUACACGGCGGGUGUAGGGGACGGGAUCCAGCAGCUGGGAGGAUGAUGUAUGCUCCACUAAUGCUAUAAGUAAGACUUGGUAUAUACCUUUAUGCGGU